AUGGAUAUCCUGAGAACACAAAGAUUUACUAUCGCCAUACUACUCUUCGGGUUCUUUUCAUUUAUCCUCAGUGAUCUGAAGUGGGACCUGUCUCCAUCAUAUAUUUGUCGAUUGCUUGGGAAUUACAAGCAUAUCAGCACCGACCUUCAAGUUCAGGUAUUCUCUCGGGACCCUUUGAUUGUGUACAUCGACAACUUUGUAAGCCAGGAUGAGAUCGAUCAUCUGCUCAACAUCAGCGACGGUAGAUGGACACCCUCAAUGGUCUAUCCUGGUGGUAAAUCACAUGUCGACACCAGUCAACGGGUGUCAGAAUCCGCUGUCCUCCCUCGGGACGAAAUCGUUCUUCGAGUCGAAAAGCGGGCUCUCGCAUUACAAGGAUGGCGUGGAGAAAACACGUACAUGCAGAAGAUGAAAACUCAAAGGUACGGAGUCAACGGGUUUUACAAUUUCCACUAUGAUUGGGACAUCCUCGUCAAAGACGGAAACCGAGUGACGACCUACAUGGUUUAUCUCGUUGCUAACUGCACCGGUGGUGGUACCAAUUUCCCGCGGUUGCAGCGGCCGAACGAUUCACGGUGGUGCAAUGUAAUUGAUUGCGAGGAUGAUGAAUACAGUGGUGUCACUUUCAAGCCCAGGGUGGGGGCUGCGGUGUUUUGGGAGAAUAUGCAUCCGAAUGGGUCUUUUCAUCGUGGCGUUCGACACGCAUCCCUUCCUGUCAAGUCCGGGCACAAGGUGGGCUUGAAUAUCUGGGGCUGGGACAAGGAGUGGAGACCACCUGUCGAGCUGGAGGAAUAA